GAGCGCUGCGGUCGCGCCACUUCUCAGUCAGUAGUAGGGUGAUAGGAACGAGAGCCUCCAAUUCAAGUCAGUAAACAACGGAGCUCAGUGUCAGUAGUUAUUGCAGUGUAAACAACGGACUCAUGCAUCGAGCUGUGACAGUGCAGUGGUGAUAGUUGUUAUCUUUGGACAAUGCUUGUGAUUGCUUUUUGUGCGGUAGCCCUGCUGCAGUCGGACAGUGUUCGCGCGGCGAUCGCGCAGCUGCCGAACACGACCGGCAUCGACGGCGAACUGACCGCUCGGCACGCCGUCGAUCACUUCUUCUCCCUUUGGAUCGUCUUCAACAACGACGAUGUCACUAUGUCUGAAAAGCCAUUCACGAUUCUGGCGCCACAGAACAAUGCGAGCAUCCAGAUCCCUAUGGAGCGGCUGACGACACACCCAGAGUCUGUGAAGAAGCUGCUGCUCGAUCACGUGGUGCUUGGCCAGAGGAUGGACCUGGCCAUCGGCGCUGACCUCAGCUUCACCACGCUCGGCGGUCGCACCGUCACUGUGCGCGCCAAACAAGGCAAUCUAAUAGCAAAUGGAGCAAAAGUUGUGAACUUGAAAGUGGAUGUUACAAAUGGAAGAUUGAUAAUUUUGGACAACUACCUAUUUCCCGAGGACCUAAUUGAAGAUCACAGCUUUUUACAAGAUAUGACAGAAGUGUUAUCAUUCCUACAGAACGGUGUCAGAGUAUUCCAACAUCUGCUGGCCAGGUCAAACAUCACAAAGCUGUUGAAACAAGAUGAAACGUAUACAGUGUUCGUGCCGACCGACCGCGCUUUCCAGAGAUGGCACCCGAUAGACUGGGGCUUCUACCCAUUCUCAGUGCCCGAGUUCACCGAGAAUGUGCUCAUCAACCACUUUGUCAACGCCAACGUCAGGCAGGAACAAGUCAAGGACGGCCAGACAUUCAAGACACUGGGAGGAAAAGAAAUCAAAUUCACCAAGAAAACCAACCUGCUAAUCAACGGCGUGGAAGUGAUAAAGGGCGACACUCCGGUGACGCGAGGCAACAUCAUCUUCAUCUCGGAAGUGCUGUUCGUGAACGAGUCAGUGGUCCAGCAGUUGCACCAACAGCACAAGGACAAGGAGACGCCGCCACUGCUGGCCUUCCCCUGGUUUGGCGCCCAGUUCCUGUCGCACGCCUUCCUUGCACUCGAACGCAACCCGCAGUUCACGCACGUCACACGAUUCCUCAACAUGGCCGAUCUGGCGCCGCACAUCUCGGGAGCUGGCUACACGUUCUUUGUGCCAACCGACGAAGCUUUCAACAGCAUUGGCCUGAAGCAUGCUCCCGACAACUUCCUGUCGAAUGGCCAGGGAUUGCAUGUCCUGCUGGGACACUUUGUCAAGGGACGCCUAUACGACAGAGAUCUAGCUGACAAUGCCACUUUCAUGUCAUUGUCCAACAAAACCCUGCACAUUCGCCGAAUUAAAGACAAUGUGACCGUGGAAGAAGCGAACAUAGUUGAGAGCGAGGUGUUCGUCUACAACCUGGGCACGAUGUUCUUCAUCGACCGCGUGCUCUUCCAGGAGGAGCUGCCUGAGGUCGAGAUGACAACCACGACGGACAGCGCAGGCGGCUCCAGCGAGUGGACCGAGGACUCGUCCGAGUCUGGGGGGGCCACCGUGCCCGACAUACUUCUGGCCGAGGAGAACUCCUCCCCCUCAGCGACCAGCGCCACUGACAACCAACUGGCUGACGUCACAACUGUCGACACCAUCACUACCAUUGCAACUUGAAAACGCUUCGCCCAAAGUCGAAAACUAACCACUGUCGAUUAGUGAAAUUCACUUAGAACUGUCAGCCUGGGUUGAAUGGAGAUAAGGCUAUUCAUACACCUUGUAUGGUAUUCAUAAACCAUUAGUGUACACCUUGGAUGCGUGUCCGUUCUUAGGCCAGUCAUUCAUGUUAAGGCUCAUCAAAGAUUUUUACCUAGGCAGAGAAGCUAGAUAAUGUGUGCUACCCUCUUUCGUCUUAGCUGAGCUGACGUGACCGGAGAAUAAUUGUAUUCAAUUAUUUCUAGUUGCGCAGACUAGUACAUCUGAUCGUGUUUGUGUGUGUCAUACGGCAAACCUACAGGAUAGAUAAAUUAUGAUUAUGAGCAGGAAAUUGGUAUACAUUAUCUAUCCUGUAAGUAUAGGAUAUAUAUCAUAAUAUAGCUUUAUAUGCAUUCUUAAAAAAAACAAAAGCCUCUUUUAUGAGGUAUUAUAGAAUAUAUACGUGACAAAUAAUCAGACUAAGAACAAGUAGCAUCUUAACUAAAAAUAAUUAGUUGCAUACAAUAUUUUUUAAACCUGAAACAUUUUUUCAAAUCUAAAACAAUAUUUUUCGUUUCCGACUGUCGUUUUCGUCUUUUUUGUUGUUGAAAACAACUAAAAAAGCAACCACCAUUUUGAUUUGGAAAGAAGGGCUUUUCACAACUUCAACAAUCCCUCAAUCAUUUGGUUUAAAGUGUUUGUAAGCUACUGCCAUUAUAGAUGAACUGGCGAGGAAUUCCUGCGCAGUUAAGCCUCUUUGGUGUAACGUAACUUGAAUGGCUGGCCGUACAGCGAGUCGACUGUAGUGGAUAGACGUAGUAAAUAGAAGGCGGCAAGUGUAAUAAUCAUCAAAUUCCACUGUUGGCAAAUCAUGUGUGGCUUUGAAUUGUAUUAAACUGUACACCGACAGCUAUUAGUUGAACUACAAAAAUCACAUCAACAUAAUGUAUGAAAUUGAGCAAAACCAUGUAAUAAGGAAGAUUUUCCUUUACAGUUUGUUUCACGUUAGAAACCUUUAUGUAUCAACAGAAUAGAAGAGGUUGGUGCCCAUUUAUAAUACCCUUUAUUUUAGCAGUCAUGACUAAUCUAAUACGAGAUUUGCAGAAUCCCAAAUAUAUUUUUUUUCAAGCCACUAAGAUUGUUUGUAAAUUUUGAAAAUUUUCGUCGAAUUUUUUGCUGAAACGUCAAUUUGCAGACUAAUAUCCAAAAGAGCGCAUUUGUUUUUGAAGAGUAAUGGUUUUGGACGUCUCCUUCAAGCUCUCUAACAAUCUGUUAAUAAGUCAUGUUAUGUUCAACUUCUCUUUUCUUGAAUAAGGUUCAACUUACUAUAGUAUAGAUUCAAUGUUGUUGUUAAUACUUGUAAAACAUAGUUAACUUAGUAAUUCAUUAUUAUAGAAGUAUUUGUGAAAAUUUAACUAUAUAUUGUAUGGAUAGAGAUGAAGUUCAGCAAUAAUAAUAGCGAUUCAUGUAUGGAAAUCUAUGAUAUUCAAAGACUGACUAUGAUGUACAAAUACGGAGCAAGUAUAUCUAUUUUUAUAGAAGAAUCUGUUGGAUUUUUGAAGAAUUUCUCUGGAAAGGCAUUCAAGAUAAUGAGACAUGUUACUUAGUUUAUCAUUGAUAAUGAAAGGAUAGUGACCCGUCAAUUCUAGUAAGCAAGGAUGAUUUGUAAAAAAAUCGAGAUACACUAUUCUGAAAAUAUAGGUAAAGAGAAAAAUUGAGUUAUCUGUAAGUAACAAAAUCUAUAAGCACGCAUAUCCUGUGAAAGCAUUAUUAAUUAUACAAGAAUAUAAUCAACUUAGUUUAGCUGAGUCGAAAAUUUUAAUGUUCAAGUUUUAAUCUCAAUUUAUUUAGCAGUCAUUAAGCAAUUUGCAACUGUUAAAGUAACAUAAUAUUGCUAGGUACCUAUAGGUUAUAUUGCUAUGACAGAGAAAGUAUACCCAUGUAUGUUUCCUCCCUCUCACUCUCUCUGGUACUAUGUAUCUGAAUGAUAGUAAUAUAAGCUACCUAAUGUGAAGUAGAAAUUUGAUUUACAGAUGGUUUAUUGAAACUCCAUUAUGAGUGUAAACUCAAUUUUUUCUCAGAAAUUCAAUUGUUGAAAAUUUGAUGUAACGUGUUGUUGUUACUUCUAACUGUAGGCUUGUAUAAUAAUUAUAUUAUGUCUUGAUGAGACUAGUAUAAAAGGUGAUGUAAAUAUAAAUUUUAAAGUGAUAAUAUACUGCAAUUAAUUAGUUGAAAUAAUUCUAAUGUUGUGCAUUUGUAAAUAUUUAUACAUAUAAAUUUGUAAUGAAGAUUAUUCAAUUAUUAUAAUAACUAGUAAUUUUA